UUUCGCUAUCACCUUUUACUGUCCAUUUUGUAUUGUGAAAUUUAGUUGUUUAAUUGACUGUAAACUUUUAUUUUUAUUACGAUCCAACAUUCAGUAAUAAAGAAACAGUAGGUAGAAUAGUUCUGUAAAAAUGUUGGGAAAAAUUCAUUACGGGAUCUUGACCACGCUUAUUAUUGGGAUAUAUGGCACAUUUUUAAAUCUUAAUGAGGUGCAAAAAAAUAUAUUGCAAUGGAAGAAUCAAAACUUGCUAAAUUUUAGCGAGGUAGGUGCAUCCACAAAUGGCAUUUUUGAUUUAAGUGAUGUGAAAAAUAAAUUACUUCAAUGGAAAUCUCAAAAAAUCGCUGCACUUUGUCCAUCAAAUGGGGUAAAACUACAAAACUUACUCAAUUUAGCAUGUAGUACAGCCCAGCCUACUAAUGUAACAGUACGUGACGCCUGCAUUGCUUGUUUUACUCGAGUUACAUCAAUGUCAGAGGGACCACAAGAACUAAAUGCAUUGAGUGUUUGUGCGGUACAAUAUUUCACGAACACAUCUUACGCAAGUUGUGCUACAAACUUAAUGGCUUUAUCAACAUCUGCUUUAAAUGUUCAACCAUCUGGAUGCUAUAUGGGCUACUGUGAUUUCGUACGUUGUUUACGAAGAAUUAAUUCUAUUAAUUUGAUAACACAAUGCACGAGAGAAGCUCGAACUGGUGUUAACAUUGCACUAGAUAGUGAUAAUGUUCGAUUUUAUACCAAUGUAACAUCGUGUAUUUUGGCGAAAACUAGGUGUGGUACUUUUAAUCCUAUUACUGGAGACCCUCAAAUCCCAGGGUUUACUUCUACUGGAUUAAGAAUAAGCAAUGCUUUACAAUUUUCUGAAGCUGGCGAACUUAGAGUAUUAGCGUUUUCUGCAACUACACCCGUUUCAACGUCAUUUUGUACAGCAUCUACUAAUUUAACACAAACAAGUUGGUUAACCAAUGCUUGUUAAAUUAUUUAUUGAUUCAUUUCAUUAUUGUCUGUUUUAAUCUAGAAUUAAAAUAAUAUUAAAA